AUGCCUCUGAAUUGCGAACAAGAGUUGAAAUCAUGAAAUCCAUACUUUCAGACAGAAGCUCCAUUCACCAUGGUUUAGCACCUACCAGAUUCUCCUCAUCAGAUGGAGUGAAUAACUCUUCUCCAGAUUGGAGAGCGAAAUUCAACGAAGUCGCCGACAUGUUAGCGGAAACUCGUGCAGAGCUCGAUGAAUUCCAUACUUCCAGCAAGGAGCUCGAAGAGGAGUUAAUCAAAGAAUUAGAACGAACGGAGAAAGCACAACAGGGUCUCAAAGUGAAAGUUGCUAAUAUGGAAACAGAAAGGGAUGAAUGGAAAUCCAAGUUCAUAUCGCUUCAGACUACUCAUAACAAGUCCACUGCCUUUGUCCAGCAUGAACUCGAUAUGCUGCGCCAGGAAAACCAUACAAUGAAGGUUCAACUUCGGGAACUUGAGAUGGGUAACGAUGACCUGGAGAGAAAUGAGCGCGCUAUUACUUCAAGUCUGUUUGAUGUGGAAGUGAAGUAUUCUCGAGCCCUAGAGGACAAAAUCUUACUAGAGCAAGAUCUCUUAGACAAGGCAAAUCUUGAGGAAGAAUGCCAGCGUCUUAGAGAUGAACUAAGAGAUGCCAAUGUGGAGAUAUCGAUAUUGAAGGAUCAGCUCCUCUUUACUCGUUCACAGCAACUAGGAGAUGAGGCUGAGCCCACAUUCUCAUCUCCGUGCUCUGUCAGUUCUUGUGUUCCACCGCCAGUAAACGUUGAUCAUGUUGUAAGUACACAAACGCUGUCAUCCCAAUCAAUCGAUCUGCAGCUACAUCAAUCAUCUCAUCCGGAUUGCCACCUACAAGAUAAUAGGCAGGGCUCUUUUACCAAACCCGUCUGCAGAUAUCCUCACAGUGCGGAUCCCACAUCUGCUGAAUCAUCUCGCCCCAACGUCAGUUCGUCCCCGAGCACAUUAUCUGUCCUUCCAACUUCUGCUUCUAUUGCACAAGUGUCCAAAAGUAGCUCUUCCCUUAUUCGCUUGCCUGAGAUAGCAUCAAAGAGCAAGGGCGUUCAAAUGGUGUCUGAAAUGAGAGCACGUGUUAGGAACUUGGAGCAGAAAAUCCAUACCCGAGUUCCUCGAUUACGCUCAGGUAGUAGCUCAAGUCGGCAGGAUGCAACAAUUGUUGCUUCUACAUCUACAUCUCUUUUGACAAACGGCUCGCCUUCGCUUUCUAUCGCACCAUCGUCACGCAGGGACUCACCUCCGAAUCUGCCUCACUACAAAACGGGGAGCCGCAGCGCGGACCUAGAAGAAAGUGACUGGAGAUCAAUGUCACCUGCUGCAGAUACUUCUGGGUGGGUUUUUAUUAUGGAUGAUUCUUCGACAAUCCAAAGCCCCAGCAAGGAUCUCAUACGAACCUCGAGUCCAUUUUCUCCGACCAUUAUUAAUCAGUCUCUUCCCCCUUUUGCCGAGCUUCAAUGCACUGUGGACCCUAGUAUUCGCAGGCCACAAUCUCGCCCAUCGUACUCGGGAUUACGUUCAACAAGCUUGAUACCGAUGCGUUCUGUCCGUCCCUCUACCCCUCUUUCUGCCCACGCCCACUCCAAUGAUGAUAUACGCCGUGUUCCUGGCGUUGAGGCAAGGCGACUACUAUGUGCUAGGUCUACUACAAACCCUGCUUUUCCUCCAGCACAUACUACAAUUUCCUCUCACGAUCCUCAAGCCGCGUAUGACUCAUUGGCAUGCAGCAGUGACAAAGACUCUGCCACUGCGCCAAGUGAAUUCGAUCGCGCAAGGCGUGUGCAGGAUGCUGGCUCAUAAACAAAGGAUAGAUAUCAAUGGGACAUGGACAAUUGGAGAUAUUUCAAUGAACCCAAUGAAGUCCCUCUCGCAAUAUUGUAAUGUUUCACCUGAUGUACACGUUCACCUGAGUGACUCUGCCUCAAAAAGUAUGUUGGAGAAUAUUUCAAAGG